UGAUCAUCUUUGUGGCUCUCCUCUGGACCUUCUCCAACAGGUAGUGGCCAUCAGUCCACAAGACUACACCUGAAGGUCUGCAGAGUAACACACCCAAACACAGUGGUCCCUGACAGGAAGCUUGUAAAUGUUUUGCCUCCAUUUGUAUCUGCUUCAGAAUGGCAGUAGCAGCUAACUUCAAAGUUUGUAAAUAAACACAGUCUGCUAUUCCAUCUCCCUUGUGGAAUGCAGGUAUGAAGCUAGGCACAGCUGUCAAAGUGUGAGUGUACGAUGACUGUAUGUAUGUUGAAACUGCAUAGCAAUUGCUGGUGGAAUAAUACCAAGUCCUUUCUGGAGACUGCAAGGUAUGUAAUACAGGAUUAUAAAGCAUUUUGAAAAGAAUUCUGAAAUUAUGUCAGUUUAUUUGUAUUGCUUCGGUCUGCCAUUUAUAGUGUAUUUUCAAUUUGAUGUAAUCUAAGGGAAAACCUCUGAAAGAAGCAGAAGGGGAAGUCCUAUAUGCUGCCUCAUUUCUGGAGUGGUUUGCAGAAGAAGCUCGCCGAGUUUAUGGAGAUGUCAUUCCAGCAUCUGCAAAAGACAGAAGAAUCCUGGUGCUGAAACAGCCGGUAGGAGUGGCAGCAAUUAUAACCCCAUGGAAUUUCCCCAGUGCUAUGAUUACCCGGAAGGUUGGUGCAGCUUUGGCAGCUGGCUGUACAGUAGUAGUGAAACCUGCAGAGGACACACCUUUAUCAGCAUUAGCUCUUGGAGAGCUUGCAAACCAGGCUGGAAUUCCAGCAGGAGUGUAUAAUGUUGUUCCUUGUUCAAGACAGCAGGCCCCAGCUGUAGGGGAGGUUCUGUGCACUGAUCCAUUGGUAGCCAAAAUAUCUUUUACGGGCUCCACUGCAACAGGAAAGAUACUGCUGAAACAUGCAGCUGGCACUGUGAAGCGAGUUUCCAUGGAGCUUGGAGGGCAUGCUCCUUUUAUAGUGUUUGACAGUGCUGAUGUGGACCGUGCUGUUGCAGGAGCCCUUGCUUCUAAGUAUAGAAACUCAGGUCAGACGUGUGUUUGUGCAAACCGUUUCCUGGUGCAGAGGGGGAUCCAUGACAAAUUUGUAGAAAAGUUUGCUAAAGCCAUAGAGAGCGAGCUGCGUGUUGGAAGUGGAUUUGAUGCAAAAACUACCCAGGGGCCAUUAAUUAAUGAAAAAGCAGUAGAGAAGGUAGAGAGACACAUUAACGAUGCAGUUUCACAAGGAGCAUCUGUUGUGACUGGAGGGAAACGACACAGCCUGGGAAAGAACUUCUUUGAGCCAACGUUACUGAGUAACGUUACGACAAAAAUGCUUUGCACACAAGAGGAGACAUUUGGCCCUUUAGCACCAGUUAUCAAAUUUGACACUGAAGCAGAAGCCAUUGCUAUAGCAAAUGCAGCUGAUGUGGGUUUAGCAGGAUAUUUCUAUUCCCAAGAUCCAGCACAGAUCUGGAGGGUUGCAGAGCAGCUGGAAGUUGGAAUGGUUGGUGUAAAUGAAGGCAUAGUCUCCUCGGCUGAGAGUCCCUUUGGUGGGAUAAAGCAGUCUGGCAUAGGGAGAGAAGGUUCCAAGUAUGGCAUUGAUGAAUACUUAGAAAUUAAGUACGUCUGCUUUGGAGGCUUGUAGCAAUCUUCAGAAAGCACAAUCCCAACAUCUUGGAAAAGACUGCUGUAGUUUUCAAAGCUUUCUGAACCAGAAAUAUGUCGUGAAUGCAACUUUUACCUUCUUUAAAAAUAAGCAACCCUGUCCUGUAUGUGAGACAUAUUGACAGCAUUAUGUGCCACGUGUUUUUACAUGUUUGUACUACGUGAGUACAUUGUUUUUCAGCAAUGUGAUCACAGUGCCCAUUACCUCUGAAAGGGAGUAGGGAAGAAUGCACAAUUAUUAUUCUUAGAUCACCCUUGUUAGUGGGGAGAACUUGGAGAUUGCAGCUUUAUGGAAAUAGAUCACAAUCUGUGUCAAGGGGAAAACAGACCAUCUUUUUCUACUGCCUCUGUUUGAGUGUGUGUAGGAUAGGGGAAGUGUUGGUUACAGCAAGCUGCCUUUAAACUUCUGUGCAAGCACCAACAUUUUCAAAUGUGGUUAUGUAACUUUCUUUUAGAAGCAGGCAUGUCUUUUUUUUUUUUUUUUUAAACUUGUUGGGAUAAUCUGAUGCUUAUGAUAGAUGAGGAAGUGCUUGGGUACAACAAGGAAUCCAUGCAGGUGGAUGAACAGCUUUGUAAGUGCAUCUUAACACUGGCUGCAGAGCUGUCAGCUGUUCAGCCUUUGGGCUUCUGAGCAAAGAGCUGUAAUUUGUGCCUAACAGCUGGCAAGUUUGGGAUCAGGUACAGCCCUUGUCUGGUAUGUAUGUGAGUUUCAGUUCAGAGAGGAUGGCACUGCAGGACAGAGCUGCUGGCUCAGCGAGGAGCAGGAGGGAGAUGAGAUGCAAAGCUGCAGGAAUAACUUACAGAAUGUUAAGGGGACACUGAAGAGCCUGUAUGAAUGAAUCCCAAAUGCUGACAUGAGAACGUAUAUAAACUCUCUUCUGUGAAAAGAACUGUCCUUUGGUAGAAGGAAGGUCACUGAUGUCAGUGUUCCUCAGCACUCUAAAGAACAUGAGCAGAUGGUUUAGCUCCUCUGGGCUUUACGCCUUGGAUUUAUGGUCACACAAGCAAAUAUCCCUUAUUGAGAAAGGUAAACGCAUUUUUUUUUUACUUGGGGAGCUUGCAGUCUAAGAAGGACUUAAAUAAAAAUAAUUGUAGGCAAGACUUUUACCCAUAAUUCCACUAUUUUAAUUGACAUCUUUAAAAGAUUUAAGAUUCCUUAGUAAGAAAAAAAACCAACAAAACAACAUCAUUUCAGUGGAAGAAGCCCUUUAAAAAAAAAAAAAA